AAGUUGUCAACCAAAAAGGACACAAAUCGACCUUAUGUCACUUCGCACACCAAUGGAUCUAUCUGUUUUAAGCGAAUAAUUCUAAAAUUUGUCGGUGAUCUGCAAGAUGCAUCUGGACUUGAUAGAUCAGAAACAACAGAACACGUAACGGAUUUCUUGUUAUGGGAUAGGAAAUCUUCCGGAACAUUUAAAGUCCUUAUAACACUUAAGCAAAAA